UGUAAGUUGGGUUUGGGAAUCAGCCAUGGCGGACGGUUGGCUCGGUAGGAGCUCCCAAUAUUCUGCAAAAAAUUACCCGUACUGGGUCGUGUUAGGUAUUCAAAAGCUACGAAUUGCAAGAAGAGGAUGUUUUCUAACUAAAACAAGUCAUUUGGAUGUAUGUCGCAGCUGGAUUACCAUGUUUGAAGGAGUUGAAACUUUCGCUAUUUCUCGUCAUAAAUUGAUGAGCAAUGGCGGCAGACGGGAGGAAACGCAUCUAAUUGAACAGCAGCCAUAAAUCAGUUAUGUAUCAACACAGCUAUAGUUUAUAUGCAUCGAUUUUACAUGUUCCACAGUUUCACCAAGUUUAACAGAAAUGUAAUGAGUCCAGCCUGCCUGUUUCUUGCUGCCAAGGUGGAGGAACAACCCCGUAAACUAGAACAUGUGAUAAGAACGUCGCACUCGUGUCAACAAAGGGAAGGAACUCUUGAUACAAAAAGUGAGACCUACCUCGAAUAUGCUCAGGAAUUGAUAAUAAAUGAAAACAUUCUACUUCAAACACUUGGUUUUGAAGUUCGGGUAGACCAUCCCCAUACAACAGUUGUGACGACAUGUCAGUUAGUCAGAGCAAGCAAGGAUUUGGCGCAGACAUCCUACUUCCUUGCAACCAACAGCCUUCAUUUAACGACGAUGUGUCUACAACAUAAACCUAAUGUCGUGGCAUGCGUCUGUAUUCAUCUCGCCUGUAAAUGGUCAGGGUAUGAGAUCCCCUCAUCUCAUGAAGGUAAAAGUUGGUUUUCCUAUGUUGAUAGAACUGUCACUAUGGAACUCCUUGAAGAACUAACACAAGAUUUUUUAAAUAUUCUCGACAAAUGUCCAAGUCGAUUAAAAAAGAAAAUAAUGGUUUGGAAGUCUGGUAAAGGUGGUGCCGAAGAUGAUAAAUUGUCAAAAUCUGAGGCCGGAUCAUCCAGUAAAGGAGAAUCAUCAAAAAGUGUCAAACAGGAAGGUGGCAGCCAUUCGCGUAAUUUAUUUGAAGAUUCCCAGUCGAUAAUAAACGAAACGAGUAAAUCGUCUGAUGACGUCAACGGUGCGUCGCGAUCCCAAAGUGCAUCGUCCGCCUCGACAUCCCGAUCGGAGGGUAAAGCCGCUCCACAUGUGGCAAUGACAUUAAAAGACUAUAAACAUAAUAAAGAUUAUAAAGAGAGAAAAGAGAAAGAACGCAUGUCUGGCGGCCAUCACAGUCAGACGUCAUCUUCAAGUGCCAGUAGUAGUAGUUCAACAGGUGCCAGUAAUAAAUCCCACGGCAACGGUGAUGUCAAGCGAUCACACAAUCAACACAUACGAGCUGAUGCUGAAAGAAAGGCAACCCAAUCUGCUUACGACGGCUUACAUCAUUUCUCACGGGAAGAUCAGUCGAAACAGCAACGUCCGGAUGUGAAACGACAACACGAUUCACCGUUAAAAAUGACGAUAAAAUCGAACAAAGACGAUAAAUGUGUAAAUAAAUCUGUGGAUGCGACGAGUUCUAAAGUUUUAAAACGACCACACCAAUCUGAUAACGAGAUGUUAGACGUUGGAGAAAGAUAUUCUAAACAUCGUCGUAGUGAAACGCAUCCUUUGACUAAUGACUCGACUGGUACAAUUAAUCAUUCGGACUUAUUCCUACCUGGUGGUGCCGUCGCCACCAGUAGUGGUGGACAAAAUAUGUAUCAUAUGGGAUUGUCACAAAUGACGAGCGCUGGAAACGGCGGUUCCGAUCGUAUGUCUAAAAAUAAAUCAUAUAAUGAAGGGACACCAAAUUCGGACAGAUCGUUAUGGGGAAGUGUGAAAUCCUCGAUGAAAUCGCCGGCUUUAAAUUUAAAUCAACAUGUAAAAACUCCAAAUAGCUCCUCUAAAAAAGAUCGCAGUAUAUUUUCUCCUCCUCAACCCCCCUCCUCCCACCAUUCCCAACACCCGGCCCUCCACCUUCAGACGAAAUCAAGCCUCCCACCUUCCUCUUCCCACGUUCUAUCGGCCAAACAAGGACCAGGGAAUUUAAACACAUCUUUUGAUCAAAGUUAUCCACAUACUGGGCAUUCCGGGUCCUACCCGCAUCCACAGUACAUGUCUAAUACCGGGUAUAAUAUGGCGGGCACAUAUCCUGAUAAUUCUAUGGCUGGCGUGAAAGCCAUGAAUACGAACGGGGGCGCUAUGUCAAACGUUUCUACUGGUAACGUUAACCCCCAAGUCUUGCAGGCACAAAUCCAACAUCUGAUCGCGCAGCAAGAAUACCAGAUCCAAAAGCUGCAGACAAAUCACCAACCACAGCCGUCAAUGACAAAUAUAUUUGAUAUGGAUUUACUUGAUUCGGAUCUAGGAACUAUGCCCCCUCUCCCCCCUCCCCUACCCCAAUCUCACGCCCCCCAGCCGCCCCCACCGCCUCCGUUUUGACCUAAAUUGAUUUUAGGAUGAUGUUUAUGAUCAUGUAUGUAUAAUAUAAUAACCAGAGUAUGUCGGACUAGCAGUGACUGGUCUGAAGAAUAUUUGUGUUUUCUUGUUUUUUUUUGGAAAGAAAAAAAAUAAUGUGAAUACAUAAAAGAUUUUUUUUUUUAUGUAAAAAUGUAAAAUAACUUUUUUUCUCAAUAAAAUUGAAUUUAAAAAAACA